GUUAUGUUAUGUCAUUCUUACUUGAUAAGCAUAAGUUACGCUUUGCUACAUGAAAGUAUACCGUCUUUCCAGUUAAGAAUUAACUAGAAACCUGAUAAAUAGGUGGUGUUAAACAGACACCAAAACCAUGAAUAGUAUUGGAGAAGAAUGCACUGAGCUAAAGAAAAAAUACGACGACUGUUUUAAUAGUUGGUUUUCCGAAAGGUUUUUGAAAGGAGACCACGAUGAUUCAAUUUGCGCUGGUAUUUUUAAAGUUUAUCAGGAUUGUGUAAAGAAUGCAAUGAAGCAGCAGAACAUAGACUUUAAAGAAAUUGAUAAAGAUGUUCUCGGCACCGACAGUGAAUUUAAAGCUCCUCCUUCAGGCACUAGUUGACACAAUAUGAUCUCCUGCACAUUGAAACUCGCAACAUGCUAGAUACUGCAACGCUAACCAAACACGGAAACACAUAGUAUCUUGAUAUAUACUGAACAUAAAGAAAUAAUCAUUGUUUUCAUAUUAGAGAAUCUAUUGUUGUUACCGACUACUUGUUGAAUGUAUAAGAAAAUUAAUAACUAGUAAAGUGUUUUCUGGCAUUUAUUAAGGUUCCAAUGAAGUUGUACGUAGAAUAUAUUGUUAAUUUAUGUAUUUCAGUAAGUUAUGUUGUAUAGUUGUUUAGUAAAAUAUUUUUUUCUUUAGAAUUCUAAUUAUUUUCAUUUCUUAGUGUAUAAUACCAGUCAUAGUCUUGAAUAUACAGGAUCCUACUUUA